UGACGUUCACUGUAUCUCCGGUGGGUCGGACGAAGCAACACAGCCAGUACUCACUUACCCGAUAAACGACCCUCCAUAAAUAGCAUCGUCCAAAGUACAUUCCUUUCAUUAUUAAGUUCGCAACGCAGAGACAGCCGCUAAUCCAAAAUGACCACCCAUAAUCAUCCUGUUGUCGAAGCUGAACUCGUACUCGAAGCUCAAAACAACCUCGGUGAAGGUAUGGCGUUCACCACAUUAUUCUAAUGAUAGAGUGGUUUACUUUGGCAUGAAAGGAGUUGUGUGGGAUUCGAGGACUCAACUUCUCCACUGGGUAGACAUCUUUCGUUCAGAACUCCAUACAUUAGACCCUGCUACAGGGAAUCGCUCAAUUGACGUUUACCCGCAGUCCCCCUGCCUUUCAUACAUCACUCCUCGUGCCAAUGCACCUGGUUUCAUCGCGACCAACGCUUCAUCUCUUGUGGUACUCCCGCCUGCAACAACGCCUACCACCACAAGCCCUACUCCUGUCAAAAGGGAGUAUGAAGCUGUCCUUGAUGAGACCCUGGAUGCUAAACUCGUCGAAGAUGGCGUCAUAAGGUUCAAUGAUGGUGGGGUAGACCCCGACGGCAGGGUGUGGUUUGGAAGCAUGGGUAUCGAUGAAAGCAAGCCCGAAAUGCCGGGGAAGCUAUUCGUAUGGGAUGGAGGAAAAGCGGUGGAGACCAUGAACAAUGUCGGUGUGUCAAACGGUCUGGGGUGGUCUCCUGACGGUCGAACCGUCUACUAUAUUGACUCCCGGUACGACCUUGUAUCGGCUUACAACUAUUCGACGACUCCUCCUUACUGGUCUAACAAACGUACAUUUGCUCUUCCUCCACCGGCACUUGAUGCUGAGAAUCCCACUCAUGGCGCUUAUGAUGGGCUCUGUGUUGACGGCGUGGGGAACGUGUGGGUGGCUAGGUGGAGGGAUGAGAGGGUGGUUGGCUUCAAUCCUGAGGGAAAACUUAUCGCAAUGGUCACGCUGAAGGGAUGCAAAAACCCCACUAUCCCAUGUUUUGGAGGCAAAGACCUCACUACCAUGUACAUUGUCUCGGCGACUUCGUAUCGGGGCGGAGAUGGUGAUCAUCAGAAAUGGCCCAGAUCGGGCGACCUUUUUAAGGUUGAGUGCGGACCUGGGACAGAGAUGGGCAAGAUUUUGGGUGCAGGCUGGAAAGGUGCGGAGAGGCAUCGUGCUCAGCUUUAAAGCUGUGGAAAUGUAUCCUAUGAAAGAUGAUGUAAAAGUAUUUCGAGCUUAGAAAGCACCCUUAUAUCU